AUGUUCUCCGAUCCCAACUCGAAGCCACUGCCAAAGACCGCGCCAGCGACGUCCCGGGGGCAACCAGUGCCCAUUGUGCACAUGCUCCCGGAAAAGUACGAGGACUUGCCGGCUGAUUUCCCCGAGUCGUUUCGGGAUCUGGCGUCGUAUUACCGGACGCCGAGGGCGUAUCAUCCCCGGGCGACGAAUACGUGUUUGCCGCGGAGUUGGGAUCUGAUGGCGAAUUUUGAUGCGUUUCGCUGGAAUAGCAUGAUUAGUCCGCGGCCGUUGUUGAUGAUUACGGGGUCGAAGGCGGCGACGAAGUGGUUUACUGAGGAGGGGAUUGAGAGGGCCAAGGAGCCGAAGGAGUUGUUUGUGGUGGAGGGGUUGACGCAUGCGGAUUUGUAUGAUCGGGUGGAGGAGCCGGGGGUGAAGUUGGUGGAGUUUUUUGGGACAAGUUUGGUUUGA